AUGACAUAUCUGAGGAUCCAACGUCUAGCAAUCUCUUUAGCAACCCCAUCACCAUCUCUAGACGCAUCUACGAUGAGCAGACAACCGCAUACAAGCCGCUCUAAAACUUUCAGGCAUUUCCUGCCAUACCAAUUGAGUUCUUCUCUAUCCUUUGUUCGAACGUAUGAUAAGAAUUCAGCCCAUAGUUGCUGGAGAACAACCGCCUCAUCACUGAAUGAGUGUGUCCUGGCUACCCUUAGGCCAUGGGCCACCCAAUUAUCCAGGGCGUUCAAGCAGUCCGGACCCUCGCUGCCUUUUACAACUCGCAUUAAGUCAUCAGCCAUGACCUCCGUAGUUCCUUCCCAGAUGCUGAGGACGCAAGUAUCACGGAAUAUCCUGGCAAUAUUUAGGAUAGGAUCUUCAUUUUCAAGGUAG